ACGUUUCCCCUAUCGCCACUCUUGUUUUCCUCUCUGCACUAGCAGGCGGUACAAAAAGCGUUGUUUCGCAACAGUUUUCCGGCUCGGUCCCAUUAUAUCAGGCAGCAGUGCAGCGCCUCCUCCAUGUAUCGGAGUCCCGGGCAGAGCACCGGCUCCGGCUGCAGCCAUGUCGGCCCAGAGCGCAGCAGCGGGCGGUGACGGAGCGGGAGGAGACCCGGGAGAGACAAUGCUGGUUGAGGAAGAGCAAAGCAGUUGUGUGUCUCUGCCCAGCCUCCUGACCACAUCCUCAGAGGCUGGUAUGUCCUUAAGCAUGGAGAUGCCCAGGAAGCGUAAAGGCAGCACAGACAACCAGAGAUCUGGUUCAGUUAAUGACGUGGACAUGGAAGAUGACCAAAACAGGUCAGAUGAUGAGGACCAACACAUCAAAAUAAAAUGCUUCAGGGAACCGCAUAGCCAAAUUGAGAAGAGGAGACGAGACAAAAUGAACAACCUCAUUGACAAGCUUUCUGCAAUGAUCCCAACUUGUAACCCCAUGUCUCGUAAGCUGGACAAACUAACCGUGCUUAGAAUGGCGGUUCAGCACUUCAAGUCUCUCCGAGGUUCUGCAAGCUCCUUUUCUGAAUCAAUUUAUAAACCAUCAUUUCUUCCUCAUGAGGAGCUUAAGCAUCUCGUCCUCAAAGCUGCAGAUGGGUUCCUGUUUGUAGUGGGCUGUGAUCGUGGGAAAAUAGUUUUCGUCUCAGAGUCCAUCACAAAGAUAUUAAAUUAUAGUCGGGCGGAGCUGAUCGGGCAGAGCCUGUUUGAUUAUGUACACCCCAAGGACAUGGGAAAAGUGAAGGAGCAGCUCUCUGCUUCUGAAUCGCACCCUCGUGAACGGCUAAUAGAUGCUAAAACUGGUCUGCAGGUUCAGGCCGACCUUCCAGUUUGUGCAGCUCGACUGUGUUCAGGUGCACGUCGCUCUUUCUUCUGCCGUAUGAAAUACAAUAAAAUAUCUGUCAAAGUAGAAGAAAAGGAAUACCAGGCCAACUCCUCCAAAAAGAAAGAGUCCCAGAAAUACUGCACAGUCCACUGUACAGGCUACAUGCGUAGUUGGCCUACGAGCCAGAUGGGAGCAGACGGGGAGGGGGAAGUGGACAAGCAGGAUAGUUCCCACUUCAGCUGCCUGGUGGCCGUGGGGCGUGUCCAUUCCCACUCAUCUCCCCAGGUUAACGGGGAAGUCCGAGUUAAACCCACAGAGUUCGUCACACGCUGUACCAUGGAUGGAAAAUUCACCUUUGUUGAUCAAAGAGCUACAACCAUUCUAGGUUAUCUACCACAAGAAUUGCUGGGAACUUCAUGCUACGAGUACUUCCAUCAAGAUGACUUGCCACAUUUGGCAGAAAGUCAUCGAAAAGUGCUGCGCAGUAAAGAGAAAAUAGAGACAAACUGCUACAAGUUUAAAACAAAAUAUGGAUCUUUUGUCACGCUACAAAGUCAGUGGUUUAGUUUUGUAAAUCCCUGGACCAAAGAAGUGGAAUAUAUAGUGUCAACUAACACAGUUAUUUUGCAUGAUCACAAUCGAACCGGGCGGUCAGGAAAUAAGUCUGAACAGUCCAGCAAUUCAAGGGCUUCUGAAGAUGCCAAGAAGUUCCUUCCAAUUAUACCUGGAAUCUCCACCACGCCUGGGACAAUGAUAUUUGCUGGAAGCAUUGGAACGCAGAUUGCCAAUGAGCUGCUGGAUUUCAACAAGUUGAACUCGUCACCUUCCAGCGGUAAUGCUAGCCCCUUCAGUUUCCCACAGGAUAAAUCUCCACAAAAUGUCAAUCAAACCAGCAACAAUGUGCCAAAUGGAGAAACAUCUCAGGUGGAGAUUCCAGGGAAAUCCAGGCCAGAGUGUGAGCCCCAAGCAGCUUCUUUCUCAGGAGAUGCACUCAUGGGGGAGAAUUCCCAGCUGGAUUUGGACAGUGUAGUUGGACCGGGCCUCAGCAGUUUCAGCAACGAUGAAGCGGCCAUGGCGGUGAUCAUGAGCCUCCUGGAGACCGACACCAACUUGGGGGAAGCCGUGGACUUUGAAGAGAUGCACUGGUCUUUAUAGAGUCUAUUAGAGCUGCUGGGAUACCCUCAGACCAUCCAUGUAAUGGUGGCAUUAACUGCUAAAUGCUAACUAAGAAGCAGCAUUCAGCUUUUCUUUUCCUUUUUUCUUUUUGGAAAAAGACUAAUUUAUUAGUUACCCCCGUCAGCAUAAGCUGUGUGGUGUUUGGGUUGCUGCUCUUACAGGAUCAGGACUGACGACAAUAGGGACACUUGCUUUCCCUCCUGAGCAGGAGAAUGUGCCUCUAAAGCCUUACAGCAGUCCGUCUGCCCUGAAAUGCUGUUCCUCACUGCUUUCCUCAAGUCUGUUGGCCUCUCAAGGGCUAAGAAACCACAAAUCACAGCACAUUAUGAUUACGUGCGAUUUCCUGCCUCCACUUCUCUCCUCCACCUACAUUAGAACAAAGGUUGGAAGUGAUGAUGCAUUAAAAAAAUUUGCACUGAGCUGAUAAAGGUUGUAUUUUUAACAAGGUACUGUAUGAACGAUUUAAAUGUGAGGAAGGCAGCUAGACAGCUUGGCCCAUCUCUGCAACCCCUCAGGAUCCAAACCAUUGGUAUCCAGUAUACCACGGUAGACCACACCAUAACCUCUACCUUUGAGGGUCAACUAUGAUGUGGCCCUCAGAGUUUUUCUUGUCAGUAUCUGAACAGUUUUAUUGGAAACAGUCUUUUAACCUCUUCUCUUGUACACUGACUUGAAUAUACUGUAUAUGCGUGUAGUUGGUAUGAUUGCAAACACAAUGUAUUUGGGCCAUAUGUUUCAUCAGAGGAUAGUUUGCAUAGAAAGAGAAUGGUUUUUAUUAGCUCCAACUUCAGAACUCAAUUUUUAAUUGUAUUUUUUGCCAUACACAUUGACCCUUGCAGAAUGUGGGGAGAGCCUCCUUCACCAGCUCCCUGGGACGUGCGAGGACGACAGUACAACUUCAUGCAAAGCAAACGAGCACUUUAGCAGUGCUGAGAAUGAGAUUUGAUAGCACCAGCUGAACAGCAAACCUAUUCACAUCUGUGACGUUUUAUCAGUACACGUUUGAAGCUGAUCUGACUCUGAUAGAAGUGAUAACUCAGGGGGUUAUCCAGUUUAAGCUGUUAUGUACUUCACUACAUACUUGGUGUGGGUAUGUGGUGUAAUCAGUGUUCUUGUUCACAUGUACAUUCGUUCUUAUUCAUUGUCAGUUUAUAGUCUUGCUGGUAAGCCAUAGGUUCUUUUUGUUUUUUUCUAUUUCAUGUAUUUAAACAUGCACUGACAGUCUUUCAAAGGACGUUUCAAUGUUUUACGUGCUUGAAGCACCCAGCGGCGUCAUUUAUACACUCAUUAAGGGAUUGUGCUAUGCAGAACUAUCAUUCCAUAAAUUCUAAAUUUAGUAUCCUCUUUUUUUAUUUUUUACUUAUAUAAAGCUCACGUGCAUGAUCCCUUAAGUUAUAGGAACUAUGCUGACUUAUGAUGCAGCAUUGGGUGAGAACUUGAACGAGUCCCUGAACGUGAUAAUUCUGUUGCCAUUUACCUCAUUAAGAGUUUUGACUUGCCCUCGCUUAGACUUGCACAUUUUACCUUUUACUAGAAGAAAAAAAAGAUAUACUAUAUAUAUAUAUAAAAUUUAGUGAUCCACUGAGUAACAGGACUUUUUGAUUAUUUUUUUAUUUGUAUUAAUUACCAAAGCAUGUUCAAGUCAUAUUUUUGGUUUUUCUCAAAGAAAAUUGGCCCAUGGCCCAUAAUUGGCCCUUGCUAAUUGUAAGCAGUAGUACAAGAAAGCUGUUGUAUUGGCUUUUUAAAAAAAAAUGCUUGAGCACUUUGUAUACUUCCCCUGUCUCAAAUUGAUAAAAAGGAAAAAAAAAUCUCAUGUAGUAAUACGAAAUUAUAAUGAAUUAUGCAAUCGAGACAUAUAUUUGCCACAUUGAUGUAAAACAUUGCUUAAGAUCGGGGUGACUAUUGUGUAUGUGAUUUUAUUUUUUCCAGUUUAAUGUUAAGUCCAAUCAAAAGUAAAAACCAGUACAUUAAUAUAUAUAUAUAUUUUUUCCCCCUCGUGUACAUGUUCCCCCUUUAGUAAUGACUUAAAUCAUUCACAAUCAUUACCAUUAAAUGGAAAGGGUUAGAUUUGCUGUUAUCUGAAGCCACAGUUAAGUAACUUCUAAAGGACUGUUAAGGAUUUAGUUUUUACCCCCAAUAAAACGUAAGUAUGAUAAAUGUUGUGCAUCUGGAGAAAUACUGUUGUGUGGAGCUGAACUUCUAAGGACCAAGGCAGCUGUGUCUGAAGUGCCUUUGGACAUUUCUGCUCAUACACAUGAACCUGUUUGUUUGUUGAGGCCGCCAACCUCAUUGUGCCGCUGCAGACCGAAACGGAGGGCUAAAACCAUUAAAUUAACUUGGCACACCAGGUCUUCUAUGCUUCUCCUAAGUGAAGAGGAUGCUUGUUCACAGAUGAAACAAAAUAUGUACAUGGUGACUUCAGGGCUCUACCAAACUGCUAUGGAGUUGUGCCAUAGACACAGGCUGGUCCUUUCUAAAGACAAUUUUGUAUAGUCAUUGUUGUCUUUUCCAUUUUCCCUCCCCUGUCAUUGCUGUGGUGUGGCUGUAAUUUCCCCAGAAAGUUUAAAAUAUUGCCCACAACAGCUUCAUUGGUGUUGACAGACAGAUGAACCUUUGUCAAGAUAUCACAAGUCUUGGGUGUUUUUGUUAGUUUUUUGGGUUUUUUUUUUUUUUUUUUUGCUUUUGUCUCCUUUUGAAAUAAACUAGUAUUUGUAAACCAGGUAA